UAUUUUUCUUGAGUUAAAUAGUGUGUUUCCUAAAAUUCUGUGCUCAACUCCAAAUAUCAUCAUUUAUGUAAAGUAAAUGGUGUGAUUAUAUUUUGGACGUUCUAUAAAUUGGCUUUCAAAUUUGACGUUGCUAUUUGUUAUCUUUGGCGCUUCUUUGUCUGUACUAUUGUGAAUGUUUGCAGAAAAGCUUAAUUGUUAAAAAUGGACACGGUUGAAGCAAAUGAUAAUGUUAAUCGUGACGAUUUAAUCAUGAAGCAACAACGUGAGAUUGAGAAGGAGAUAAGUGAGACCACCCCUCUGGUUAGCGAGAAGGUCCUCGUCACAACUCUUCAAAGCGAAUACACCAGCGACACCGUGUUCCUAUCUAAAAUUCAGGACUUGUCUAAAAAGUACACAUUCAUGCGCCGCACUCGUCCAGAUGGCAAUUGUUUCUUCCGCGCUUUCGCCUACGCUUACAUAGAACACUUGAUCUCAGACAAGGAAGACUACGUCAAAUUUGUCAAGCUAGCAGAAGAAUCCAAAGAGAAGCUAGUUAAGCUAGGUUUUCCAAGUUUCACAUUAGAGGAUUUUCAUGAAACAUUCAUGGAGGUGCUUAAGCGGGUUGAUCCAACUACUGCCGGUUCUGAGCAAGUCCAUGGCGAGUUGCAUAAACUGUUUAAUGAGCAAGGUUAUUCGGACUAUGUGGUGGUUUAUUUAAGACUGUUGACUUCUGGCAAAUUGCAAGAAGAAGCUGAUUUCUAUCAAAACUUCAUUGAAGGCAAUUAUACUAUUGAGGAGUUUCGCCAUCAGGAAGUUGAGCCUAUGUAUAAGGAAUCAGACCACAUUCACAUCAUUGCAUUGUGUACAGCAUUGGAAGUCGGUGUACGUGUAGAAUACAUGGAUCGCGGUGAAGGAGGUUCCGUCAAGGCUCAUGACUUUCCGGAGGGUGCAGAUCCUAAAGUAUUUCUCAUUUAUCGUCCUGGCCAUUAUGAUAUUCUUUAUCCCAAUUAAGAAGUUAACCUCUUAAUUGUUCAAAAUUUAAAAUUAUUUAAAAGUUUUGAAAUUUUUUUGCUCACUCUGCUUCAUUAACAUUAAACUAACAUAUUAGAAAAAAAAUAUAUAUACACAUACUUUACAUCAAAAAUUACUUGUAAUAGCAGCAUGAUACAAUAUUUUGAAUAAAAAG